AUGGAGGCUUUUCAGGGGAUUAUUAAAUUCUUUGCUAAUCAGAAAACUGUUAUUGGUUACAGUUUCAUGGCUCUACUGACUGUGGGAAGUGAGCGUCUCUUUUCACUUGUGGCUUUUAAGUGUCCCUGCAGCACAGAUAAUGUAACCUAUGGAUUGGUUUUCCUUUUUGCUCCUGCCUGGGUGUUACUGAUCUUGGGGCUCUUUGUGAACAACGGGUCAUGGAAACUCUUCACUGGCUGCUGUGUGAAUCCCAAGAAAAUCUUCCCUUCGGGUCACAGCUACCGUUUCUUCUAUGUCCUUGGUCAGAUCAUUCUGAGUUCAUUGGUGGCUCCAAUGAUGUGGCUUUCUGUGGCUUUGCUGAAUGGAACUUUUUAUGAAUGUGCCAUGAGUGGGACCAAAAGUGAAAGACUCCUGGGAAUAAUUUGCAAGAACAAGCCCAAAGAGUGCUGGGAAGAACUUUACAAAAUAUCUUGUGGCAAAACCAGCAUGACAAGUUUGGAUGAUGAAGAACUGAAACGCACCUUGCAAGCCCAAUCUCAGAUUCUAGGAUGGUUCCUGAUUUGUGUAGCAUCUUUCUUCUCUCUGUUCACCACUUGUUAUGCUCGCUGCCGAUCUAAAGUUAGUUACCUUCAGAUGAGUUUUUGGAAGACAUAUGCACAAAAGGAGAAAGAGCUUUUGGAAAAUAAGUUCUUGGACUAUGCCAACAAACUGAGUGAGAGAAACCUGAAAAGCUUUUUUGAAAACAAGAGACCGGACGUCUUCCCUUUGCCCACCUUUGCAGCCUGGGAAGCUGCAUCACAACUUCAUUCUUUCCAUGAAAGCCGACCAUUCUAUAGCACACUUCAUCAGGUGGUAGAGGAAGGACUGGAACUUAGCCCUGAAGACGAGGAGACCACAAUGAUCCUUGUGGGUAGUGCCCACAGCAUGUGA